AGAAAGAGAGAAAGGAUAAGCUUAGUAGAGAGAGAGAGAGAGAGCAAACAGGAAAGAUAUACAGAAUUAGUAGAGAGAGAGAGAGAGAGAGUAGAGGUAUGUGUAAGAGUGAGACACUGGACUUACAAGAUGGCGGAACAAGCAAUGAUGGAGUUGGAGAAUGCAACCCAAAUUGUUUUGGCUCCACCCGAUGUUGUCACUCCAGUGCAAAGACAGGCUGCAGAGAAAGUUGUUCUAGAUUUCAGAAAAUCCAAAAUGCCUUAUUCCACAUGCAAGCAUAUUCUAGAAAAUUGCCAAUGUGACUAUGUAUUAUUCCAAGCAGCCACAACAAUUAAAGAAGGCGUCGUUCGCGAGUGGUUGCUGCUUUCUUCAGAACAAAUAGAGUCCUUGAGAUCAUUCCUUCUUCGCUUCAUCACUCAACAUGUGAGUCUUCAGAGUUAUGUGAGGGAGCAGAUACUACAGACAGUUGCUGUCAUCUUAAAGAGGGGUACCAUCGACGAGAAGGGAGCAAGCCGCGAGUCAUUAUUUGAUGACGUCACCCGUCUUGUCAGCAGCGGCAAUGUCACAAUGCAAUUGGUUGCCUGUUCCCUGUUAAUUGCUCUGUUGAAUGAGUAUGCUAGCGCUAGUCGAGCAAGUAGUGUUGGUUUCACUUGGGAGUUCCAUUUCAAAUGUAAAAGACGCUUUGAGGAGGAAGAUUUAAAGCGAGUGUUUUUGUUUGCCAUUCAAGUCCUCAAUGAAUUGGAGAAACAACCCAGUCCACUGAGUAGAGAGGCCACAGCUGUGAUGAACAGGUUGCUUUCCAUAGCAGAACAAGUCCUGAGUUGGGAGUUUACACCUAAAGCUUUUUUUCGUCGUUAUGUUGGCUGUUUCGAGUCAACACAGAACGUAAUUCUACGUCCAAAUGACACUUGGCGAGACACUUUACUGGACGGUGACCUUAUGCAGCUUCUGUUUCGCGUACACAAGAAAGUGCGACACAAUUCAGAAAUGGCUCACCGUUCCAUGCAAUGCCUCACACAGCUGGCAUCACUGAGUGGACCGAUCUUUCCCAAUGACGCAGCACGUACACAGUUCCUGGCUUCGUAUAUUGAGAAUUUCCUACACAUGUUUGGCAGCAUUGACCUCCAGUACUACGAAUACCUCGGAGUUGCUCAAACCAUCAAGAAUCUUGUGCUUAUGUUUCCACUCGCUUGCUUCACGAGUUUAUCUGAGCAAUUAUUGAAUGCCUUCAUCAGUCAAAUGACCAAGCUGACCUGCUCCCUUUGUAAGAAAGCUGUACAUGAAGACCUGAUUAACAAAGAUGAAACGAUUCACAUGGAAGCUUACGAGCGGAUGCUGGAAGCAUGGAUGCAGAUAAUUUCCAACGCACGCAACUUUCCACUUGGCUUUCUGCGGUCACAAGCUGUUGAAGUGUUCAAUUCCUACCUGCAGUGUCACCUCAGCCCUCCCGAUGGAAUACGUAACCAGAUUUUAGGAAACGAUGUGAUUGAAGAUGAUGAAAUUGAGGAACUCGACGAAGAUGACCGAGAAAAGUUUAAUGAUCAACUAAGCAGCAUCGGUUCCUUGGGCCGCCUUGUUGCUGACCACACAGUCCCAUUGAUGGCCAAGUUGAUUGAGGACCGAGUGAACCAGUUCAACAACCAGCUACAACUACUUCAACAGAUGAGGGCCGCACAGAACAUGAACAGUUCCAACAUAUCGAUAAACGAGGAAUUGUUUAAGGUUUUGCAUGAAGACUUACAUUGGUUGAUUCUUAUUGCUGGUCACCUAUUAACAGAGGAGUGUGAAGGGGACACGCCUUUGAUUCCUGCAGACAUCAUGGAGUAUUCCAUCUCACAGGAACCCUCUGUCAACCUUGAUAUCACCCUCAGAGUUCUUGGCAGCCCAUCAGAGCGGCUGGAGAAUAUUCCUGGGAGUGAACAAGGAACUGAUAAUGUAGUCAGGUUAGUGUCGGCUGUGUUUAAGGUGUGUGACAUCCAUCGACAGGCAAUCGAAGCUCGUCUGGCCGACUGCCUCAGUCCGCAGGUGGGCAGCACUGUUAUGUGGUUUCUGCAACGAUGGGCAGUGUCUUACCUGUUACCAGAUGAAAGCUGUUAUCCUCAGAUCAGUAUGGCUAUAGUUUCCGCCUUUGGACGGGACACAACUGCCUCUCAGUGGGCAGUCGACUUCCUCCUGGGACGGAUCAACUCAAACCUAUCCAUUUGGAGCGCUGAGGAGCAACUGAUGAAUGACUCAUUGCGGCUGUUGGUGGCCCUAGUGGAAAAUAAACCAAGGUAUGUAUUACAAUCUCUCCAUGACCGGUUCUACCAAACUGUAUGCCAGGCCGACUUCAGCAAGGUGUGCCACACAGCAGGUGUCAAAGCUAACAUUCUCAACCUGCUUGAGUCGAUGUGUGGUGUCGCCCUGGCAUCUCGUGUCGAUAUAGUUCAGCAAUUGUUCAACUUCCUGCACCCGUUACUGGUGGAGACUGUCAAAAUAUUGGAUCUGUACCACAAUUAUGAAGAUGUUGUACCUCUUGUACUGGAACUAUUCUCUGAAGUUGUCCAACGUCAGCUUUGCUAUCUCCCCGAGUCAGAUUCCCGAAAAAUCUAUGAACUUGCUCUGUCACUCAUCCAAACCUAUUCCAAACACAAUAUCACUCGGAAAAUUGCUGGAGUCCACGAUGAAGAGGAGGAGAAAUACUACGACAUCGUCUUACUGAUGGAGAUGUUAACGCACUUAUUGUCGAAAGAUUUUAUAGAUUUCAGUGGCCCUGAACCAGAGACCUCCUCACCGCCACCAACACAAAUCUCAGCCGCAGAAGUUGUCCUCUUUGGAUUAAAUAUAAUCAUUCCACUUAUGAACUCUGAGCUGCUUAAGUUCCCCAAUCUCUGCAGCCAGUACUUCAAGUUAAUAACGUUCCUGGCAGAAUGUCAUCCAGAGAAAUUUUGUCUUCUUCCAGCAGAAUUGUUUAAAGCAUUCAUGGAUUCCGUACAGAUGGGACUUAAUGCAUAUGGCCCAGAUAUUACCAAAUUGUGCCUUGAAAUAAUUGCAGCUCUUGCUUCUCAUGUGUGUAACAAUGAUCUAAAUGGAUCGCCGCUGUAUUUAGCCAUGGAGCUGUUCCUGAAGGUUGUGUUCCGACUUCUUUUACUGGAGAGCUUUGACAUGGAUCUCCUAGAAACAGCCAGUACCACAUUGUUCAGCCUUAUUUGCUGCCAUCAGGAAAAAUACCGUAUGCUGGUCAGCGAACUGCUGUACAGCCAAGAACUGCCAGCAUACAAAGAACGACUCCUGGCUGCAUUCAACCAGCUCACUCCAGCAACUCUCAAGUUGACCAUCAACCGACAGAACAAGAUUGCCUUCUUACAGAAUUUUGAACAGUUUCUAAUCAACGUGAGAGGCAUUCUCUGUGUCAAAUGAUGCUUGUGAUGAUGGUGGUGGUGGUGAUGAUGAUGAUGAUGAUGGUAAUGAUCAUUGUGAUAUGACAUGGUGAUACUCUGGUGGUGAUAAUAAAAAAGAACAAAGAAAAAUACAUAUAUAUAUAUCUAUAUAUACAUACACACAUACACAUUUCACAUAUAUAUAUUUUAUGUGUGUAUGUGUAUGUAUUUGAAUGUUUUGUGUGUGUGUGUGUGUGUAUGUGAUAUAUAUAUUUGUAUACGUGUUAUUUAUAAAUAUAUAUACACACACAUAUAUACAUACAUAUUUGAUAUGUAUGUUACAAAUAUUUGCACAUAAUGCAUUUUACACUCACACACACACACACACAUAAUAUAUAGGUUAAUACAUGUGUUUGCAUGUUUGUGUGUGUGUGUAUAUAUAUAUAUAUAUAUAUAUAUAUAUACAGACAUAUAUUUGCAUAUAUAUACAUGCACACAUACACUCAUCUGACAUGCAUGUGUGUAUGUGUAUUCAGGCACACACACACAUAUAUAUUAUGCUAUGCAGGAAUCCCCCCACAAUAUGUAAAUAUGUUCCUCAGAAUGUUGUCAUGACAUAAACUCUCAUUUGGCCCUCAAGGCAUUCCAAGAAGGGGGGAGGGGUUUCUUCCAUAUUUUGGAAUCAACAACAACAACAACAGAGAAGCAAAAACGGUCACUUUUAUGCUUCAAGCUAACAAUUUCUCAAAUACCCAGGACAGGAGAGAAAUACAUUAGGGUACUUCCUGGCCACAAAACGUGGACUGCUCUGUGAGGUAAGAGGUAGAAUGAGAAUUACCAGGAAGACACGGGUUAUUUCCUGUCUUAGAGUUGAUAUUCUACACUUACUUGAGGGACAAAGAAUUUAUCCAAAAUUCUUUGUUGUUCAAGUUGUGUUGUCUUUUUUUGUAUAGUGUAGGAAUGGAGCUGAUUCUAAACUCCUCUUGUAAUUUUUAUGUUGUGUUCCCAAUUAUGGUUGUUAUCAGCAAAAAUUUACAGACCUUCCUCUAUAAGUGCCAAUCCUUUAGUAAUAUUCUUUGCAGUCAGUUUAAGCAGAAUUGGUGGAAUUUUUGCAUUCUCAGCUUGCUCUUAUAUUCGGUAAACGUUCUCUUUAAGUCAUUAGCAACUCAGACACAGCUCCUAUGAAUUCUUCAAAAAACUAAAUAUGUUUCAAUAUCUGUCCAAAUUUAAUGUAGACUCUUGUGAAACCAUGUGAAGUCACAGUUGCAGUCUGGCCAUAUAUUUUUUCCAAGCACCAUUCAUUAAGAAUUCCACUUCAUUCCAUAACUCUGCUAUAUUAUCUAUAGCAUCCAUUCUGUUGGAUUUCUUCCUAAAAUCUCUAACUGUAUGUUUGUUGUCCCUGUCAGUUGCUUGAAAGUUCUUCUCAGGAAAUAUGCCUAGAAGUUAGUUGUCAUACCUUGAUCCGUUGUAUUCUUGGAAUAGAUCUUACUCUCACGUUAUCAGAACACUCAUUUAAGUUUGCAGAGUGGCUUGGGGCAUUGUCUAAAAGGAGCAAAGCUUUGUUGGAGGUAUUUCAUCUGACACUUGUGCCUUUUUGCAGCAGAACAGAAAACAUAAUGUUUGUAAACCACUCUUCAAAAAAGACUCCCUUAGUCAUCCAUGCCUUCUUAUUUCAAUGCCAGAUCAGGGGUAGAUUAAACUCUGCAUAACUCUUAAAAACCCUUAGAUUUUCAGAGUUUUACACAAGCAGGAGCUUUAACUUCAUAUCACCAUUGCCAUUUCCUCCCAGAGGCACCAGGAAAUUUUUAGAAACUCUAAAGUUGGUUUUGGUGGUGGCAGCAGCAUUCUUGCUAACUGUGUGAGUGUUGUUGCUUAGAUUCAAGUUCAUGUUCGUUUUCCCAAGAUGAACAGCAUUUCAUUUAACUCUUAGAAUACACUGGGGUACCCACAUCUCUUGUCGUUCUCUUUUAUCUUAGACUGAUUUGCUUCUCUCAUUCCUGUUGUUGUUGUUGUUGUUGUGGUGGUCAUUAAGGAAUAGAUGGGUUGGUGGUGGUGCUGGUUCUGGUUUUGAUGAGAGAUAGUUAUGGUGCACAUGAAAGAUGAUCAUCUAGCUUCCCCCACUCUCUCUCUCUCUCUCUCUCUAUAUAUAUAUAUAUAUAUAUAUUAGAUUGGAGCCUGGUGUUGCCAUCCUGUUUCACCAAUCCUCAGUCAAAUCGUCCAACCCAUGCUAGCAUGGAAAGCGGACGUUAAACGAUGAUGAUGAUGAUGAUGAUGAUGAUGAUGAUAUACUCACAUAUACAACAGGCUUCUUCCAGUUUCUGUCUACCAAAUCCUCUCACACAUCUUUGGUUAGCCUGAGGGCCAUAGUAGAAGAAAUUUACCUGAGGUGCCACACAGUGGGACUGAACUUGGAACCAUGUGGUUGGGAAUCAAGCUUCUUACCACACAACAACACCUGUGCUUCUGUGUGUAUGAGAGAGAGAGAUAGGCAGGUGGAUAGAGAGGCUGAUAGAUACAGUUUGCUUGGUGCAUGUAAGUUUAUGUAUAUAUAUAUAUAUAUGUGUGUGUAUAUAUAUGUAUAUAUAUGGGGAAACAAGUCAUGGUAGAAAAUGCUAAAAUAAUUUUAUAAAAAACAUUUUAGUACCGGUUUCAGCCAUUGAGACUUUUUUCAAUUGUAAGUAUUGGAAACAAUUAAAUUUUGGAAAAAUUAAAAAGAAAAGUUUUUUAAAAGAAUAUUUGCAUUAAAAAACUUUUCAUGUAAUUUUCCCAAAAUUUGUUUUCCAUACUUACAGUUGAAAAAGUCUCAAUGACUGAAAUGUUUUUUAUAAAAUUAUUUUAGCAUUUUCUUCCUUGACUUUUUUUUCCAUAUAUAUCAACUUAUGUGUUCCUUUUCAACCUUCUACAUAUAUAUAUAUAUAUAUAUAUGUAUGUGCAUCCAGCUAUAAAAACUGUGCCAAAACAGGCAGAAGUUUGAUGCAAUCUUCUGCUUGUCCAGCUCCUGUCAAACCGUCCGACCCAUGCCAGCAUUGGAAGGCAGACGUUAAACAAUGAUGAUGAUAUAUAUACACACACAUCACAUGUACACAUCCCACAUGCACACAUAGGAAAAAAAUGGACGGAUGAACAGAUACACGUUAUCAUUGCAACCGAAAAAAAUAUAAAGAUACACAAUUAUUCACAGCCCCAAAAUUUCCACCUCCUCACACUGUGUUUAUAAUGACACUCGCACACGCAUAUAUGGGUCAUGGUGGUUGCUUUCCAGUUGUUAACCUAACUCUGAUCUUAGCUACAACACAGAGAUGCAGCCAUUUGGCUAAGAAGAAAGUGUUUAUUGUGAAUUCUGAAAAUUUUAUCCCGGUCUCCACAAGAAUGAAAUUACAGACUGUAUCCCACAAUGCAUAGUCAUACUUUAUCAUUCUCACAACUUUAAAUAGACAUAAUGUGGGGGAUACCUCUAUGUCUAUAAUAUAUAUGUGUAUAUAUUUAAUUGUUGGAUUUGGUUUGCAAGAUUCUUUAGGUGAGUUUGUGUGUUGAAGCAUAUUCUGUUGUGUCUGGGGAGAGUCAUUCUCUUUAAGUACCUUAUAAUUUAACACAGUCACCAGUAAAAUUUCCACCUAUUCUUUGUUUUAUUUUUUUAAAAAUUUUCGUUGCAUUUUGCAACCUUGUCAAUAGUCUUGACUCUCAAGACUUGAAAAGGUUGCAAGACGCAACGUUAAUUUUAGGAAAAUAAGAAAUAAGAAAUAAGUGGAAAUUUUACUGGUGAGUGUGUUAAAUUAUAAGGCACAAUAAGAAAAUGACCCUCCCCAGACACAACAGAAUAUAUGUGUAUAUGUGUUUUAUAUAUAUUAUAUAUGCAUUGUUAUGUGUGUGUGUGUAUAUAUAUAUAUAUAUAUAUACAUGCACACACACAUUGUAUAUGUAUACAGGUGUGUGUAUAUGUGUGAUUUGUACACAUAAUUGGUAUCUAAUAUAUAUUUAUGUGUGAUGUGUGUGUGUGUAUAUAUAUAGACACACAAAUAUAUAUAUACAUACAUGUACCUGCACACAUGCGUGCAUAUAUUGUAAAAGGUAGUACAGAUGGCCAACAAGAAAUUUCCUGUCAGAAAAAAAAGAAAAGAGAAUGACACUGACCAUUGCGCACAAGUCUGAUUUCUCUAUCAGUUGUUAAUUGGGAAUCAUUACAAUUUCAGCACUAUCUCCAUGUGUGUGUGUUUGUUUGUUUGUGUGUGUGUGUAUGCAUAAAUGUAUUCCAACAACAAUGCAGAACAAUAUGUGACUAAAAUGCUUCUAUUUGUCUGUGUGUCCCAGCAUUUUUUUUUUAUCUCUGUGGUUUCCUCCGCUCCUUGUCAUUCCGUUUGAACUUGAAGAAGCGAGUGAAAAACAAUAUUGAAACUAGUGGUGGCAGUGCUGUCUUGAGGCACGAGGACUCUGGGUUGUUGCCCAGCGGCGCACAGGUGUAGGGGCACCCCUUUUGAUCUAUGUAUGUAGUGGCUUGCUGUCAAUAAAUAAAUACUAUAGGGGCCCAAUAUAUAUAUUAGUUUACCUGGGUCCUCAUGAGUGUAAGGGCCCGAUUCUGAUCUAUGUAUGCUGUCAAUAAAUAUAUACUAUAGGGGCCUAGUGCAUUGAUUUGUGAGGGGCUCUGUAAUGUUGCUAAGAUGGGUCUGGAUGGUGAAGGAGGUUGUGAGGAUGAUGAUGGUAGUGGUCCUAUUAGGGACCUUAGCGCCCCCCCCCAAUGUCUACUUAUUCUGUUUAUACAGUGGUGUCUAGUUUUAGGGCAGUUUGGCAGCUGUUGCUAUCUUGUACAUCAAAAGACGACCAUUCUGUGUAAAUUAUGUUGGAGAUGUCCUGGCAAGAUGGUCGUUGAGGAUGAUUCAGUGUGGUCAGUGAUAACGGUCAGAUCAAAUGAUUUUGAUGUUUGACCACCAAGGUCCUUCUCAAGUCUUGUGUACACAUGAUAUUGAUGAUGACGAAGAUGGUUGUUUAAUGUCUGUUUUCCAUAAUUGGCACAGGUUGGACAGUUUGACCGGAACCAGCAAGCCAGAAAAGUACACCAAGCUGUAGUGUCGCUCCUGGCAACGUUUCUACGGCUGGCUGCCCCCGUCUUUACAGAAUGUACUGUGAGCCUUUCUUUGUUAUCUUUUGUGACAUCGGAACUGGUGAGGUUAUCAAGUAUUUGCAAGACAGAACCCGACCCCUUUCAAUGAGUUGGGGUAUAAUAUUGAAGGUGGUGAUAUAGUAUGAUAGAGGGACAGGAAUAGAGGUGAGUGCAUGGCUUCCUAAGUUGGAGAGACAGUGCGGAUGUACCCUCAGGGUACAGAGUGAAUAGGAGUAGAAGAAUAGAAAGGGGUGAGUUGGAUAAGUAGGUAAAUUCACAAAAGUGCUAAAAGAAUGUGGUAGAUGAUACACAUAUAUAUAAUUAAUAAUUUUUAUUGCAAGAAAAAUUUGUCUUCAAAUACUGUUACUGUAUCAAGCAGGGUUUUUUUUUUUUUUUUUUUUUUUUUUUUUUUUUUUUUUUGCUAAACCAUUUUUUAGACAUGUAUGUAUGUAUGUAUGUAUAUAUAUAUAUAUACACACACAUCUUAAAGAAGGAUUUUCCAGGUGCCAAAAUUCAUAAUCCUCUCUGACUGAAGAGAGGCCUAGACUGCCCUCAUCUCCGCAUCUUUACUGUAACCCCUACUAAUCACAGUUGUGUGUGGGGAGGCCCACCCGCCUCCACCUUUUUGAGAAAUUUUGCUGUAAGGAAUCAGUAAUGUAAAGAGGAGAGAGUAAAGGAAUGGGGCAGAAGAGGAAUAUAUUUGGUGGUUCAUUUGUAAAAUAUUGUCUUGGAGACACAGUUCAUGUUUUUUGUGGGGUUUUCUGCCAUCUGUUUUUGUUUUUGUUUUAUAUUUUUCCUCUUCCUUUGUCUUACCAUAAAUGUGAAGGGUUGUUAUUGUUAUCGUCAUAGCAACAACAACUGUUGUACCUGGGUGUCUCUUCUUUAUCACUGACCAGACUCACCAAACUAUCAAAUAGGGAGUGACAUAUUGUUUUUUUGUUUUGUUUCUCUGUUAUUCUUGUUGUUGUUGUUGUUGUUUUAACCCCGGGUCAGUCCUGAACGAGUAUUUCAGUUGUGACCAAUUUUUGGGGUCUUUUUUGUUUUGUUUUUUGUCCCCUUUCUCCCACAAACUACAUUAUCCACUAUGGUAAUUUCUUUGUUUUGUUUUUUUUUAAUGGUAAAAUAUGAUUCGAAUGAGAUUUAAUUGGCAUUUUGCUGUGUCGUGUGAAUGUGGUGUUUCUGCAUAUGUGAACGAGUUGUUUCAGGCAGCAAACUUAAGUCGAACAGGCUAGUGAUGGGUGGUCUGGUCUGGUGUGACAUAGUAUGGUAUGGUCUGUGUGGAAUAUGAGUCAGAUUGGAAAUAACAUGUUACUGGCAGCCCUCAAGAAUCCUCAGUUCUCUUCAAACUUUUGAAAUUGCAACAAGUCCAAAUGCCAAGAACAGUUUCUUUGUCAUCAUUUAAUGUCCAUUUUCCAUACUGGCAUGAGUUGGAUGCUUUGACAGGGGCUGAAGAGCUGCCUGGCCUCCAUGUCUGUUUUAACAUGGUUUAGCUAUGGCUGGGUGCCCUUCCUGACACUAACCAGGCAUAGAAACUUCAAUAUUCAUCUUCAGUGUAAACCCUCCUCUUUAAGGCGGCGAGCUGGCAGAAACGUUAGCAAGCCGGGCAAAAUGCUUAGCAGUAUUUGAGUUCAAAUUCUGCCGAGGUGGACUUUGCCUUUCAUCCUUUCUGGGACGAUAAAUUAAGUACCAGUUGCUUACUUGGGUUGAUCUAAUCGACUGGCCCCCUCCCCCAAAAUUUUGGACCUUGUGCCUAGGGUAGUAAAGAAUAUUCAUCUUCAGUGCUGACAUGGGUUGCGUGGUUCAAUAGAAGCUGGUGUGCCAGACUCCACAGUCUACUUUGGUAUGGUUUCUAUUGCUGGAUGCCCUUCCUAUUGCCAACCAGCUUACAGCGAGACAGUAAAGAUUUGUUGGGGCAUACCCUCAAAUAUAAAGAUAAAUCUAUUUCACCAUGUACACAGGUAAUUGUGUAUCUUCUCUAUAGCAAGACCCCUCUGCUUGUCCCUGUCAUAUUUUAGCCUCUCAACACCUGACAUGAAGUCACCUCCUCCUUUCAAAUACUCCACCCACCCCUCAAUUGUGAGAGCCCUUUUUUUUUUCACUCUUGCUACUUACUCGGUGACCUUACUAGCGCCAGUGGCAUGAAAGCAUGCACCCGGUACACAUUGUAAGGUUGGCAGUGGGAAGGACAUCUGACCAUUGAAACCAUUCCAUAGCAGACAUUCGAGCAUUCUGCAAUUCUGUGCUUCGCUAGAUCCUGUCAAAUGAUCCAACCCAUGGCAGCAUGGAAAACUCGUUAACUGAUGAAGAUGAUGACGAAUUGAGACAAAUCUUGAGGACUGCCUGUAAAGCAGGGAGAUGGCUGAAUCAGUAGCACAUUGGAUUCAAUACCUUGUGGUAUAUAUGGCUAUGUUCUUUACAUCUUCUGUUCAGAUCCCACCAAGGGUCACUUUGCCUUUCAUGCUCUUAAAGGCUUGAUACAGGGUGGUGUAUGUAUACGGUGGUGCCCCAGCGUGGCCAUGUUUCUCUAAUGACAAAUGAAAACAAAAGAACUGAUGUGUGUUCAUUUCUAAUCAAGUGAUUUUAUGCCUCACCCAGAGGUGCCACCCCACAGAAGCUAACACUAGGCAGCAGCUGUUUUGACUGUUAGUUAUCAGGACCAAGGUUUUGAACUCCUGACCAUGAGGUUAACAAACCAGUCCAGCAGCUAACUGGUUCGUAACUUAAUUGCACCAUUGUGCCUCGUAUUACAUAUGGAAGUUUCAAUGAAUAUUUGGUUAUGUUCUGGGUUCAGUUCUGCCCCAGGUUCAGCAUUAGCUUUCAUCCCAUCUGGGGUUGAUAGAAAUAAGUACCAGUCUACUCAGAUACUCUGAGUUGUAUUAAUCAAUUGUAUACUCUACAAGGUGGUGCUCCAGCAUGACCACAGUCCAGUGACUGAAACUAGUAAAGGGAUAAAUAUAAGAGGAAAAUUAAAAUGUGUGUGCGCGCGUAGAAGUGCCUUUUGUAUUCCAAGGUAUGUUGGUUAUCUUGCCCUUCUGAUUGGGGUUUGUGUGUGUGUGUGUGUGUCUCCACUCUGAUUAAUAUCUCCAAUGACCUCACUGCUACUGUUAAGCUUUCUGGAAAGUUCCUGGUAAGAAAAAUUACAAUGGAAACCUGGUGCCAGUGUCGGAGAAUUUCUACAUCUUGAAACAAUGUGUGUGUGUGUGUUGUAGAUAUGUGAAUAGAUGCAUAGAUUAAAUCUAUGCAUUGGUGUUUGCACAGAUAUGUGUAUAGGUCUAUGUGUAAAUGUCUGUAGAGAUUUAUGAAGAUGUAAUUUAUAAAUAUACUGCAUAUGUAUGUACAUAUAUAAUGUAUAUGAAUGUAUGUAUACAUAUAUAUGUACAUAUAUAUACUUUUUGUUAAAGCCAAAAAGAAAAUCUUCACAAGCUGUUACCCAGAGUUUCACAUUACCAUUCUUGUAUGAUCCCAAAUGUCCAACGACCAGUAAUAUGAAAUUCUGAGUAAGUUUAUGAGAUGUUUUUUUCUUUUUUGGCUUUAAUAAUAUUAGUCUACCUUCAAUAUUCAGGUACUAUAUUUUUCCACCUUGUUUUGCACCUAUGUGCUAUCUCAGACACACACCUACAUUAUACAUACAGGGUGUCCACAAAGUCUGGGUACAUGGGGAUUAACACAUACUUUAAGAAAUUAUUAUUUCUUAUAUUUAAUUGUUUAUGAUAUGAUUUUAUUUACUCCAUGUACCCAGACCUUGUGGACACCCUGUGUAUAUAUGUUUGUGUGUGUGUAUAUGUAUAUACACACACACGCACACACACACACACACACACACACACACACACAUAUAUAUAUAUAUAUAAUGUAGGUGUGUGUCUGAGUUUAAUAAUGUGUUAUUUAACAAUACUUAGAAAUACCUGAAUCAAACUACCAGAUGCACACGUGUAUGUAUGUAUAUAUAUAUAUAUAUAUACAUACACACACACGUGUGUGUGCUGCAUAUGGCACAACAAUUUAGGAGGUCAACUAACUGCACCAACCACCUAAAUGGCAGCUGACCAUUUAUUAUGUGUCAGCUGUAUUAAAAUUAGCAAGAGAUGGAAAAAGAUCAAGAGACAGAGAAAAAUGGCGUGUGCUACGUAGUUACUUCCCUUGCUGUUCUCCUUUCCAAGUUCAGCAUCAAACGGUUGUCACAUCAGUAGCAGUGCUCUCUGUCAGUUGAAUUGACUGUUCCCAGCCAUUGAAUAUGCAAGCUGGUAGCAAUAUUAGGAAUUAAUAUUUGCAAUUAAGGAGAGACCCUGAUUUUAAGACUUUCUGGUGACCUUAAAUGAAGUUGAUGAGGCUGUCUGAUAUAUAAAUAUCGUUUGUGUGUAUGUAAAUAUGUAUAACAGAUGAAUGGAGUUUAAAAUUGCAACAAACGUUUCACUAGAAACCUUUAUUUAAUGUAGUCUCAUAACAGAUUACAUCAUAUAUUACAUGGAUCCCUAAUCUCAUCAAAUGAAUUUUAACAUGAUCAACAUGUAACUGACAAAUUGAUUUCUUAAUUCUUUUAACUGAAAAACACACACACACACCAUUUAAUAUACAUAGUGUUAAGAUGUAAGCUACUACGUUUCAUUCCUGGAGAGUGCAACAUUUGGACACGCUUCUAUAACCUGCCACGUACUAUCUUGCAGUUGUUCUGGCUCAAAAUAAACAUAGCUGCUCCCUUUCUUGUUUUUUUCUCAAGGAGCAACCAUGUGUAUUUUAAACCUCAACAGUUGUAGGAUAUUACAUGGCAUACUGGAGAAGCUUGUUGAAUUACUGUACCAUCCAAGCAUGAAACUGUAACUCAUAUUUAAAUACUGUGUAUAUUAAAUGAUAUUUAUCUCACAGGAUAGACUAUUGUUUUUGUUGAUCCUACAAAUAAUGGAAAAGUACAUUUUAUAUAUGUAUAUCGAUAGAUAGAUGGACAGAUAGCUAUACAUGCAGGCACAGGCAUUGCUUGGUUUUCAACAUCUGUUGUGUGUUGCAUAGAAGCAAGAUACCCAAUGAAAAAUUCUAUGAUCGAAUGAAGGCUUGUACUAGUAUGGAUAGCAAGCUUUCUGAACACCUGGUGCAAGAGGCACCCAUCAUUGCCACAUCUGUGCCCAAGAAUGUCAGUCCUAGCAGGAGUGAAAAGCCAGAUCCAUGCUGCUUGUGUUUGAGAGAACAGUCAAGUGAUGGCAUUGCUCAACAUCAAGUUGCAACCACCAUAUACAUACAUACAUACAUAUAUAUAUAUAUAUAUAUAUAUACACACACACACACACACACAAGCUCACUAACACAUCCAAAUCUUGUUACUAAGUGUAUUAAUGGAUGAUUCUUAGUUAAUCCUUUCUCUGGAUCAGUAUAACUUUGGGAAAAGGAAAAAAAAAAGAAUUAUCGUGUAAAGAGAUUAGAGAAGAUUUUUGCUAGCAUUUGGUGCAAAAAAAAAAGAAUCGAAUCUUUCUAGAAAGCAAUGGCAGGGAGAGGUCAGUUGGAAACAGAGUGGAAGACAAUAAGAAAAACAGCGUCACUAAACUGCCCUUGC